AUGGUCGCAGCUGCUUCCACCAUGAAUCCUCCAUCUCUUCCGAUUUCCUCAUCUUCCUCUUUGCCUCUUCAUCAAAUAAUUCCAAAUAACGGAUCAAUGAUGAGCACUCCUACUCAGUCGACUUCAAAUCUCAAUCACCACCAUCAAUAUCCUACCACCACCAGUAGAGGCAACAACACUAAUCCUUAUGCUGUGGGCUCUGGCUUGAAUUUUCAGCAACAGACACCUUCUUUGCAUCAUUCUCAUCAUACGACAGCAACAGCACCAUCCUCCAACCACAACAACAUGUUUCAAUUUUCAUCAGGUGUUGUUGGAGCUCCUUCCGUGAUGAGUUUUCAAACCAAUGCCACUAAUAGUUAUUUACCAAGUCAUGCUUCAACUACGAGUACGUCUGGUCCAACUUCAAGACUAGCGAAAGAGUCUGGAUCUUCUCAAGAUGAUGACUUGUUCUCCGUUGACCGGUUCUUUAGACAUGCGAAUGUGGAUCGAACAAUGACAACGCCAAUUCCAACAACAAAUGCCACCACAAGCUCUUUUCAACCAAUUUUGAAUUCUUCGAGACCAACAAUUUCUACGGUUUCUGGUAAUAAUGCCUUCUCACCACCUCAAUGGUCUCAUAAUUAUGUGACAUCAUCACAAGGACAAGGUGGUCACAGCAUGAUAAAGACUAUCUCUCCAAGGCCUUCUCAAACAUCUGACAUGAUGAAUAAUGGCCUUGUUGUGAAUGCAAUGAUGGACCAAAGAAUUAAUUCUGUCGGUAACAGUCAAGUUCCAACUGUGGAGAACAUUAACGGUGUCAUGAAUGCCACUCAUCACACGCGUCAACAGCCUAAUGCUAGCAACAAUCAAGCAACAAUCACCACGGAAGAAAUAUCGCAAAGCACAGCAACAACCAAGAAGAGCAAAAAAAAGAAAAGCAAUCAAAAAACAACCACUUCCGAAACACAACAAGCGUCUCAGGACGUAGAGAACAACAACUCGGCAAAACAAAAGAAACUUGUCACCAAAACUGAUAGCAAGCCUGCCUCAUCAGUGUCCAACCAAGGAAGUAUUAAGGUCACAAGAAAUAUCAGUGCUGAGCGUGUUGAAAACCCAACAGAACCUGUCGAGUUUCCGCUCGAUGGGGUUCUCUAUGCCUACAAUGUUGCAGAUUGGGCAGAUAAGAAUAGUUUUUAUGACAAGAUUGCUUAUUCAUUUGGUACACCAUCGACUCAGAAAAAAGUGCAUUGUGCUUAUUUGAAUUGUAAAGUCAUGCAUUACGAAAGAACAUGUCAGGGAGUCUAUUAUUGUCCUCAUGCCACUGACGACGAAGAACAUUGCAUUGUCAGACCUUGUAGACUUCGAUUUCACACAUGCCAAAAGCAUAACAACACAUCCCUAACAAAGAGUGGUAAAUGUCCAUUCAAACUGCACUUUUAUGUUCCACUCGAGAAGGAUGACAAUAGAAGAUUGCUGCUCUGCAUUGGUACUCACAACCAUCCACUGCUAGGGGAUACAACUACCAUGAAUUCUGGUAUCACUGUUCCACUCGAGAAGAAAUCAAAACUAAGCAAUGCAGCAUCGAGUAGCAACCUGUUAAUGACAUCAUCUCCAGCACAGGAAGGUUCUUCCCAAUUAUCCUCAUCUCAACCUCAACCACAACGAAAAGCAUCAGAAUCAAAAAAGACAUGUAAGGACAAAUCUCAACCAACACCUCAACCAAAUACUGCGACUGUGACAACUCAUUCGCCUUCUCAAAACUAUUCACAACCAUCUCAGAAUUUCAGUUCUCAAGGAAUAUCACAAUACUCAAUGCCACCACAAAGUGGAUACUCUUCUACGAUUAACAACAAUGGUCAACAACAGCAAUCUUAUCAUGCAAGUUCUUCAUCAAUGAAGAACGAACGAAUUUCUCCUUCUUUUGGUGGCAUAAAUAUUGCUGACAGUCAUGUGAAUUCCUCUGCAUCGAUGGGUUCAAAUGUUGUUGCUUCGAUGAGUCCUCCUCCAAGCUUAAAGACUUUCACACGUUCAACAUCACAUCCCAUGACAAAUUUGAAUCCUACAACCAAUGCAACAACAAACAUGUUUAGUGGUGGUGGCAGCCAGGCACUUCAUGGUUCUAGUAAUACUUACAGUGGGUCUUCAAAAACCAUGACGUCCUCUUCAUCGCCACCACUCCAUGAUCUUGAACUUGAAAUGAAUUCUCCUAAUUAUGCCUUAUUAUCAAAUCCAUCCUCAAACAAUAUGGCUUCACAACUUUUGGGAGCUUCAAGCUCUCAAAAAGCCAGUAGUGGUGGUGGUGGUUCUGCUUCUUCACAAAAGAUUCAUUCUGCUUCUACACUGUUACAACCAAGUGAUUAUUUGCAGCAUGUGGCGAAACCUCCUUCUUAUUCAACAAAUAAUUACAGCACCAAUGACAUUACAAGAAAUCCUCACACGACAACGGUUCAAUCGUCUCCAACAAGUUUCAUGUCUGCCUCUAGUCCAUCUUUGUACAGAUUUUCACCAAAUUAUCCAUUGCGACCAGCCAGUAAUUCUCCACAUCAUCACUACUCACCCCAUCCUCCAAGAAUCAAUUCGAGUCCCUUAUCAAGCUCAUUCACUAGUCCUUCCCCUCUGAGUCAGCAAAGUGGUCUUUAUCAUCCAUCACCAACUUCACAAUUUCCACCACUGCCAACUCAAAACUCUCCUUCACUAUUCUAUGAGAAUUCAUAUGGUGGCAUACGAAAUCCUUCACCUCACGCUAUUGUGUAUAGAGGUAGUGACGAGAUGGAUGGAUUGAAUGCUCGAAAACGAGAGAGAUUGGAUGGAUCUUUUGAUGCACAAAAGAAAGUUAAGGCAGACUUGGACGAUGAAACACCCAAUUUACCACCCAUCAUGAUGGAUCCAAAGCUGUUCUAA